UUCUCUCUCUCUCUCUCUCUCCCCCCUCAAGACUGUUUUAAAGUCUCUGCCAGACUUGGGCUCACACGCUAUUUCCUGGAUGGACGGAGGAAUGGAAAGCUUCCAGCGCCUCUCCAUCACCGACACCGACUCUCCCCUCUCUGUGUGCCCGACGAGCGCUGCCUCCACCGCCGCAGCCGCAGGAGCGACGCCGCGCUGUGUGAAUCUCCGCUGCUAGUCUCCCCUUUCUAACCCGCUUUCCCUCCUUCUCUCUCUCCCUCUCUUCUCUCUCUCCUCGCUGCACAUCCACGCUCCUCCAAAACCACCAGCAUCCGAGUGUUAUGCUCAUAUCCGGGGACAUCGGGGGGAUUUUGGGACGGAAAGACUCUUUACUGGACCUCUAAAAAAAAGAAAAAAAAGAAACAUUUCUCCGCCCUCCACGGUGCCUCCAGUCUCCGUCUGCGCUGCGUCUCCGGCGCUGCUUUUUACGCAGCGAAGGCGUCGCUGAUUUGCCCGCAAAAAAGGGAGAAACUCAACAGUUGUUGCUGCUUAUUGUUUGCAUGUCGACGUGCACAUCACUACCAUGUGGAGGCUACUGCAAUCGUGUUGUUGCUGCUGGUGGAUUUUCUCUCUCAUUUUGCCUGCCUGCGUGCUCCUCUGGGCCGAGUGUCAUCCUGCGCUGACAGGAAGCCAAGCCGAGUCCCAAGCCCCUAUCCAAGGCCUUCGCAGAGCCACGGCCGGCGGGGCACGACUCCGGAGAGCCGCCACCGAGGAGACCUACUGGGCCUACUCAGGUAUAUACGGGCCAGAUGAAGGAUGGGCAUCAGCCUACCCAGAAUGCAGAGAAAGAAACCAGUCACCAAUCAACAUUGUGGACCAGGAUACCAAAGUAUCCACAGAGUAUCAGGAACUGACACUGGAGGGCUUUGAUACUGAAUCCUCUAAUAAGACAUCUAUGAAGAACACCGGCAAAACAGUGGCCAUCAUGUUGAAGGAUGAUUACUUUGUUCGGGGAGCAGGUCUACCAGGGAGGUUUAAGGCAGAGAAAGUGGAGUUUCAUUGGGGUCCGAACAACGGUUCUGAAGGCUCUGAACACAGCAUCAAUGGCCGUCGUUAUCCUGUGGAGAUGCAGAUCUACAUGUACAACUCAGAUGACUUUGACAGCCUCAGUGCAGCUCUGAGAGAGAAGAGGAUCAUUGCAGCCAUGGCUGUGUUUUUCCAGGUAGGAGGAAAGGACAAUCCUGCUGUCGAUCCCAUAAUCCACGGCUUGAAGGGUGUGGUCCAUCACGAAAAAGAGACAGUCCUGGAGCCGUUCAUUUUGAAGGACCUGCUGCCAUCCGCGUUGGGAAGUUACUAUCGCUACACCGGCUCUCUGACGACUCCGCCCUGCAGUAAGGUGGUGGAGUGGAUCAUCUUCAGCAGACCCAUCUAUGUCUCCUACAAACAGUUGGAGGCUUUCUACUCCAUCUUCACCACAGAGCAGCAGGACCAUGUUAAGUCAGUGGAGUAUCUGCGCAGCAACUUCAGGCCCAUCCAGAGCUUGGACAACCGCCAUGUCUUCAAGUCAGCAGUCAAAGAUGCCUGGCUCCCCGACCUGACUGACAGCGGCAGCGGGCCAUAUGGCACGGAGGCUUCCAAAGUGUGCAGCAGCGCUCCCAUCAACAUGAAGGUGCAGCAUGUGAAUAGCAGCGCUCUGGUGGUGCGCUGGGCCCGUCCGGAGGUCACCUACCACCCGCCCAUCCUCCACUUCCUGGUGUCCUACAGCUGGACCACCCACGACGACAGCUACGAGGAGACGCACCUCACCGAUGCCAAACACAAACUGGAGGCCGUUAUUUCUCCAGUCUCCCCCGAUGUGCUGUACCUGUUUCGAGUCCAGGCCGUCUGCAUGAACGACAUGCGUAGCGACUUCAGCCAGAGCAUGCUCUUCAGAGCAAACACCACAAGGAUAUUUGAGGGGACGAGGAUCGUGAAAACUGGAAUGCCGACAGUGUCUCCAGCCUCCUCAGCUGACAUGGCUCCCAUCUCCUCUGGCUCAUCCACUUGGACCUCCUCAGGCAUCCCCUUCUCCUUUGUCUCCAUGGCGACAGGAAUUGGCCCAUCCUCCAGCGGUAGUCAGGCAACAGUGGCGUCCGUGGUGACCAGUACCUUACUUGCUGGCCUGGGCUUCAGCGGUGGUGUUAUCUCCUCCUUCCCCAGCUCUGUUUGGCCAAGCAGAGCGCCAACCCAUAAUCCCUCUCGCCAAACCGCCCAACCCACCGAGGCCGCCAAAGACGCCACCACCUCUGCCUCCGCUGUCACGGCAGCCACAGCCAAAGAUAACAGUGAUGCUGGGGGUGAGGACAGAGAGAACAGCAAGGGUCAAGGAGAGGAUGGAGAGAGGGAAGGAGAGGAUAAGGAGGAAGAGGAGGAAGAAGAAGAGAAAGACGAGAAGAAGGAGAGGAAAGGAUCAGGACAUGUGGGCGAGGCAGGGAAGAAGGACAGCAGCACAGCAGUGAAGGAGCCGCCCAGCGAGACACCAGACGCUACGGCAAAGGAGAAAGAAAAGACAAAACCAGAUCCAACUAACAUGCCACCUGGUAUAGAGGACCAACUGGAGGUGUAUACCCACAAUCCCCUUAAGUCUAACCGCACUGCCACCACAGGGGCAGCCAAGGAAACGGCAGAAUUCCUUGCCCCAAAGGAUCCAGUGGCAACACUCAGACCCAGCUCAGGGAGGGACAAGAAGCAUUGGCCUUUCUCCAUCCACACUGAGCGUCCCAGUGCCGUGACCAACCUGACCCACCAGACCAGGCCCGGGUCUGCUGCAGGGCUGGGCCGUGUGGAGUGGCUGGUACCUUUGGUGGUGGUUUCAGCUCUGACUUUCCUCUGCCUCGUGCUCCUGCUGGCUGUGCUCGUCUACUGGAGGCGCUGCUUUCAGACAGCUCACUUCUAUGUGGAAGACAGCAAUUCACCCAGGGUGGUACCUAAUGAGACGAUCCCUGUCAUCCCCAUUCCAGAUGAUAUGGAAGCCAUUCCAGUCAAGCAGUUCAUCAAACACAUCUCUGAACUCUACUCAAAUAACCAACAUGGAUUCUCUCAAGACUUUGAGGAGGUUCAGCGGUGCACUGCAGAUAUGAAGAUCACGUCAGAGCACUCCAACCACCCUGACAACAAGCACAAGAACAGAUACAUCAACAUAGUGGCCUAUGACCACAGCAGGGUGAAGCUGAGGCCGCUGGCUGGGAAAGACUCCAAACACACAGACUACAUCAAUGCCAACUAUGUGGAUGGUUAUAAUAAGCCUAAAGCUUACAUCGCAGCCCAGGGACCUCUCAAGUCCACCUUCGAAGACUUUUGGCGAAUGGUGUGGGAGCAAAAUACCUGUAUCAUCGUCAUGAUCACCAACCUAGUGGAGAAAGGCCGGAGAAAAUGUGACCAGUACUGGCCGACAGAGAACAGUGAAGAGUACGGCAACAUCGUAGUCACACUGAAGAGCACUAAAGUUCACGCCUGCUACACUGUUCGCCGCUUCACAUUGCGCAACACCAAGGCCAAAAAGGGGGGGAAGGGGAACCCUAAGGCGCGGGCUCAGAGUGAACGGACGGUGCUCCAGUAUCAUUACACUCAGUGGCCAGACAUGGGUGUCCCCGAGUACACUAUGCCCGUCCUCACCUUUGUCCGCAGGUCCUCCGCCGCCCAGAUGCCUGACAUGGGUCCCAUGGUUGUCCACUGCAGUGCCGGAGUGGGCCGGACGGGGACGUACAUCGUGGUAGACAGCAUGCUGCAGCAGAUCAAAGACAAGAGCACAGUCAAUGUACUCGGCUUCCUCAAACACAUACGCACCCAGCGCAACUACCUAGUCCAGACUGAGGAGCAGUACAUCUUCAUCCACGAUGCCUUGAUGGAAGCCAUUUUGGGGAAAGAGACGGAAGUGGCAGCCGGCCAACUUCACAGCUACUUCAACAGCAUCAUGACACCAGGGCACGGCAGCCGAACACAUCUGGACAAACAGUUUAAGUUGGUAACACAGUGUAAUGCCAGAUUCAUGGAAUGCUUCAACGCUCAGAAGGAGUGCAACAAAGAGAAAAAUCGAAAUUCCUCCGUGGUGCCAUCGGAGCGAGCGAGGGUCGGCCUAGCACCUUUGCCCGGCAUCAAAGGCACGGAUUACAUCAACGCCUCUUACAUCAUGGGUUACUACCGGAGUAAUGAGUUCAUCAUUACCCAGCAUCCUCUGCCUCACACCACAAAAGACUUCUGGAGAAUGAUCUGGGACCACAAUGCACAAAUUAUUGUUAUGCUGCCUGCCAACCAUGGGCUGGCAGAGGAUGAGUUUGUGUACUGGCCCAGUCGGGAGGAGGCCAUGAACUGUGAGGCGUUCACUGUCACCCUCAUCAGUGAAGACCGACUCUGUCUGUCCAAUGAGGAGCAGAUCAGCAUCCACGACUUCAUCCUGGAAGCUACACAGGAUGACUACGUUUUAGAGGUUCGUCACUUUCAGUGCCCCAAGUGGCCGAAACCCGACGCACCCAUCAGCAGCACCUUUGAGCUCAUCAAUGUCAUUAAAGAGGAGGCAGCCAGCCGCGAUGGACCAACAAUCGUCCACGAUGAGUUGGGAUCAGUGUCAGCCGGCAUGCUAUGUGCCCUCACCACACUGUCUCAGCAACUGGAGAGCGAAGGUGCCGUUGAUGUCUAUCAAGUGGCGAAGAUGAUCAACCUCAUGAGGCCAGGAGUCUUCACAGACAUUGACCAGUACCAGUACCUAUACAAAGCUCUGCUCAGCCUGGUCAGCACCAAGGAGAACGGCUCGGGUCUUCUGGCCAGGGACAUUAACGGGACCAUGGUGUCCAUGUCCGACCAGUCUGACCAGGCAGAGAGCAUGGAGUCGCUUGUCUGAGAGCGGCCCCACAGGAG